CUUGAGGGGCAUAACCCCUGAGACUGAUAGGGCUGCCCUCGGGGCCUAUAACGAUGCGGCCCUCGAGGACCACAUUCUCCGCUCCUCCCUUUCUGCUUGUCUAGCCCUCGGUGAACAUGCCCGGAGGCUUCAAGAAUGGCGCCUCCAUAAGGCAGAGCAGGACGCCAAGAUGAAGGAAUGCAUCCUCAAAACUAAGGAGGCGGUGAAGCUGGGGGCCAGGCUGGAAGAGGAGCUUCGGCAAAUGGAGCUGAGAUUGGAGGCUGCAGAGAAGGGCAAGGCCGAUGCUGAGGCCGCUGCUGAGGAGGCCAAGAGAGCUGCGAAAGAGGCCGAGGGCUCCAAGGCGCUAGCCGUCGCCAAGGCUCGGGAGGAAGCCGUUGAUGCCUUCGUCGCCGAGGGCUGGAGGGCCGAGGGACGCAAGAUGUGGCUGUCCUCGGUCGUGGAGGCAUACGUCGAGGAAUGGGCCGAGGGCCCCGGGUGGGAAUGGAUGGCCUGGAAGGGCAGAGAAUAUUAUGAGGCCGGCGAAUUCUUCACCCAGGCCCUCAUUUACCGGAGGAUGGCUCGGCAUUUGGGCAUUGAGCAAAAGGAUUUCUCCCCCUCGGCGUAUGGCCUUCCUCCCCUGCAGCCUGAUGUCCGUGAGUCGCUCCCGGAAGGUGUUCAGAGGCCCGACCUUGAGGACACGGAGUUGAAGAAUGAGGCCGAGGACGACGCUGUCGAGGCCGGAGCGGAGGCAUCAUCGAGGCCGGCUGCAGAGGGCACCCCGGUGAAUGAUGCUGUUGUAGUUGUAGAGUGACUUUGUACUUAGAAAUCCUUGAACAUAUUUUGUAAUGAACAACAUUGAUCCUUCGGCUUCGGCCUGUUUGUAAAUUUCACACUUACUUUGUUUUUGAUGAAUGCAUGCUGC